AUGUGGUUGCCUCAGGGGGUUUUAAUUGCUCUAACUUUAUUUCCGAUUGGUUGGUCACAGCAACAACCAACAAUAGAUGUGAAGACAAAAUACGGUACAGUAAGGGGAUAUGAGAAGCCCAUAAGUCAGGAUGCGUCGAACCAAGUGAAUGUGUUUUUGGGAGUCCCCUAUGCCACUGCGCCAACAAAUGACACAAGAUUUUUGGUGAGUAAACUACCUUUACAAGAGAGAGACUAUGGAAAAAGAAGAGACGGUCAGAGAGCAUGCACACUUUAUUGUCAUAGUCUUGUAAAUAUUGAUUGUAAAUGAUUGCCAUUUGGUAUGGCAUUGUGAACUCUGUAACAGACUCUUUUUUUUAACUAAAUUUUGCAACAAAAAUUUGCGAGAGGUCGGGGUCUUACACUUGGGUACUAUUAAAAAGUCUUUUUCGUAUGGGUAGAAUUGGAUGACUUGCAUUAAAAAUCAUCGUAAAAUCUCUCUGAUAUCAUUUACGACUAGGUUUUAGAAAAGAAAAUUGUUUUUUAACCAUGACUUGUCAAUUUUGAAGAGCAUUAAAAUAUUUUUUUUUUGAUUUCAGAAAGCCGCUCCAGCACAGAAUUACAACGGCACUAAGGAUGCGCUAACUCUCGGAAACCAAUGUUAUUAUACGGGAAUCGAGACAAAGGAUUACAGCAUUGACUGUCUGUAUUUGAAUAUUUUUGCGCCAACCAGGGUAAGUCAAAAAAAAAACGAGAGAAAUUUUUUUUGCACCGUGCAAAAAGCUUAUGUGAGUACAAUAAAAAAAAAUACCAUCCAAAUUCUUCAAAUCACAAUUUCCGCUGCUUUUCAGAGCUCCAACUCCCCUUUAUUGCCAGUUCUCUUCUUCAUUCACGGCACAGAUGACGUCAGUCACUCCUCAAACACCCACGGAAAACAAGUUGCCAACAUUCUCCCAGAAUUGCAUCGAAUUCUUGUCGUUACUUUCAACUAUCGACAAGGAAUUCUGGGAUUCUACACAGAUGGAGACAAGACGGCCCCGGGAAAUCAGGGAUUGUGGGACAUUUCUCAGGCCUUGAAAUGGGUCUAUGAAAAUGUGGAAAAUUUUGGUGGGGAUCGGAAAAGGAUUACUGUUGGAGGCCAUGGAACUGGCAGUAUGGCUGCGGAAUUGAUCAGUCUGUCUCCCGUAACUAAAGGUGAGGGAAGGUCGAAACCGAUUUAGAAAAGCUCAGAUAUAGACAAAAAAUUGGUUAUAGUUGUAUUGCUCAAGGCACACUCACAUUUUUUUUAUCUUACAAUUAAUUAUCUCAUUACACUAUCGCACAAAACCUUAGCCAAGUGUGGCAGAUGCCUACUCUUUAUUUCCGGUCGACCCAUUUCCUUUCCAGCUAAAAAUCGCUAAUUAAAAUUUUGCAGAUUAUGUGAACCAACUGCUGCUGAUGUCUGGUACAAACGACUACCAAUGGGAGCCCAAAGACCCCUCAGAAGUCUUCAACAGUGUUCUCCAGAUGGCCAAUGACAAUUUGGGCUUCACAUCUGACUCCAGUGGACUCACCGACUUUUUGAAAAAGAAGGAUAUCAACCAACUGAACACCGGGUACUCUAAGGAUAAUGUUGGAUAUAAAGUCAGAGACGGGCCAACUUAUGACGGUAAUUUCUUGCCGGAUACAGUAUCCCGACUGAGAGCGAGAGUCCCAAAGGUGCCUACUAUGAUUGGAUUUACGAAAUACGAAGCGAAGAAAUUCGGUAAGCCGAGAAAAAUAAAAAAUAUGUAUUGGUUUAGUCGUUGAUGACGAGUAUUACGAAUCGGCCGCCAGAUUCAUGACGGUAUUUGUUAUGAACAGGACCUCGGUGGAUGAUAAGAGUACUGCAAAAGGGAAGCCCAUUUUGGACGAAUUUUACGAUAAUGGAAGAGACAAUUCGACCCUGGCUUACAAAAGAAGCUAUCUUGAGGUGAGGAAUUAAGUUUUACACAGCAUCAUCAGGCGUCCACACCUUUAACUCUGAUCCUUGCCAAUGAAUGUCAUUUCCAAUAAAAUAACCAAAAACAAAUUUCAGCUAAUGACCGACGUCUACACCACUAACGGCAUCCACAGAUUUGCUCAAGACUUUGUUGCCACCUCCGAAGCGCCCUUAUACGUCUACCGUUUCGACCGUUUCCACUCCAAAUUUGAUGCUGAUAGAGUAGAAGGAGGCUCCAUCAAUGGUGAUGAUCUGCCCUUUGUAAUUGGCCAAGCCUCCAUCACGGAUUAUACAGGGCGAGAUAAAGAUGUUCGAAAACAGUUUUCCAAGUUGAUCGCUGACUUUAUCCAAUUCGGAAAUCCGAAUGGCACUUCUGGAGUGGCCGUGGAGAGAGAGGCUUGGAAACCUGUUGAUAAGCAGGGCAAAAUGAAUCAUUUAAUUUAUGAUUACUAUCUCAACAGGAUGAAUGACGAGUGGUUCGAGGACCGGUAUUCGAAAUGGGUGGGUAUUCGGGAAAGGUACGGAUCGGCGAGCUCAAUUGCGGUGGGGAUGACAACAAUCCUAAUGGCAGCCUGCUAUUACGCCUUCGUUUUUUAA